AUGGAUGAGAGGGAGGAGAGCAGCAAGAAGCAGCUGCAGCAGGGCGCAUCAAGCAGCAGCAGACAGCAGCAGCAGCAGGCGCCGGCAGCAUCGUCGUCAUGGAGCUACAGCAGCUGCAGCUUCUUCACUUGGCCACCGCGAUCCUACCCCUGCAGCUUCUGCAAGAGGGAGUUCAGGUCCGCGCAGGCACUCGGGGGACACAUGAAUGUCCACAGGAGGGACAGGGCAAGGCUCAGCAGCAGCAAGAAGCUGCUGCUUGAUCGUGAUGGUGACAAUAAGCGCCCGUCGACGUCGUCCAUGGAGCUGGAGCUGGGGGUUGGAGUACUGGUGUGCAGCAACUGCAACACUGCGGCUGCAGCCACUUCUACUACCCCUACUGCGCAUGCUCCAGCAGGUGGUGGCCCAGAGGAUGCUGACGGCGAUGAUCUCGACCUUGAGCUCAGGCUGGGUGUCUCUUCUUCAUCCUUCCAUCGUCACACCCACACGUAUAAGGCCGGCCGGUGCAUGAUAUGUAACCCAUGA